GUACCUACUCCUUGGUCCCCUCCCUCUCUCUCAUCUCCAUGUCUGCUGUAAAGAAUCCUUCCUCCUCUUCGUACGACUCUCUCUGCCUCAACCCUCUCAUGGACAAGGAGAACAUAGCUCCCAGCCAUACAUCAGCCGCAGUUGGCUGCUUCACAUCCUCCAAGGGAAAGAAGCACAUUACAGCCAAAUCACAACAGAGCAAUAUAGCACUGAAACCCUCUUCUCUGCAGCUCUUCUUUCGGCUCAAUGAGACUGAGACUGAUUCUUCUCUGGAAUCAUCCACGCCUUGGGAACCCCUGCCAUCUUCUUCAGAUGUCUGGGAUUUCUCGGACAAAGAUGCUGCUCCAGCUUCUUCAUGGUCUACUCUUCCUAACAGGUAA